AUGCCUCGAGACAUGCCCUCCGAGGGGCCUAACGAUAGGCCCAAUGGCACUCGCAUAUCCAAUGGACACUCGCACACUGGUUCCCUUGACGUGUUGGCCCACGUCCUCCGCGUCCGCCCAGGCGUCGCGCUGGACGUGCUCACCCUCUCCAAGGCGGCCCACAAGAUCGCCGCCGCUCAUCUCUACCACGACCUCGACGUCGAAAUUGCCCUUGCUGGGACCCUGGGCCAAGCCUCUGGUGGCAGCGACGCGCUGCAACGCGCCUGUUGCCCCGCUCCCCGCCAGCGGCUCAAGGUGUUCAGCGCCCUCCGCAGUUUCAAGUACGCCUCAUACGUCCGGGUCCUUCGGUUUCGCCACCCGUGCCCAACACACGCUCCCUCCGCGGCAAUCAACGACGUCACUCGCGAAAGUGACCGUAUCGAAGCUUGGGCGCUGGCCAGUCCCCUGAUUGCGCACUGUCCACUGGUCGAACAGGUCACCUGGGAAACUGGGUUUGGCGUCAACGAUGAGCUCUGGACUACAAUCUCCGAACUGAAGCAUUUGCGGCGACUCCACCUCACCUACCCUCCCCCACACCCCGCAAACGCCACUCCUUCACAGUACCCGCGUCUGACGCCCGUGCUUCAGCAGGUUGGUCCCAGGGGUGGUGAGAAUGGGUUCCCAGUCGAGAACCUAGAAGCGCGGGCCAUCGGCCGCGAAGGUCUCGCCUUGGGAACAGCAUGGGAGGACCUCGAGGAACUCCGUCUCGAGGGCCUCAGCAUGCAGGGCGCGUGGACCAUUGCAAGCCAUCUCGAGCUUCUUGCUGAGUUACACGACUCGCACCAGCCUCCCCGGCUGCACACCCUGUCACUGUCCACCCACUUCCUAGACUUGCGUCUGUGCCGGGCAGUAGCCAACUUCGGUUCCCUUCGCAGUCUCAAGCAUAUCACGUUGUCAACAACCGGCACCAAGCUCAACGCCGAGUGUCUCAAGGACCUUCUCAACGAAUGCAGUGUUCUCCAAUCACUGAAGCUGACCGAUAUCGAGGGCCGACUGGACAAGAACACGUGGGGCAUGAUCGGUUGCUGGCCAUCUACUUUCAACUCGCUCGAGCUUGAGAUCCCGGAGAAUGGAUCACGCCACUCCUGGGUGGUGAACCACCUCUCGUCCAUCGCCGAAGUACCAGUUGGGCAGUUGAAGCGCUUCGUCGUUCGGCGUGUUGUUCACCCAAUCGCAAUACUACCCUUCCCUCCAAUGGGCGUUCUGGUGCCGCAGCCAGACGCCACCCACAAGAAGGAUCCCAUCCCGUCGGACCUUCUGGACCUAGUCCGCAACGAAGGCGCCCUCCUGGAGGACCUGUGCUUGGACUGGUGGGACAUCAGUGGUCCCGCUAUGGAGGCGAUCCUGCUCGAGUGCCCGCGCCUUCGCAAGCUCCAAGUUUCUGUUCGGGCAACCGUCCUGGAUAUUAUCGGGAUGACCACAGCGUUCGGCAAUGUUCCAGACCUUGCUGAGCUGAACAUCACCACCGACCCCAAGCUGGCCACACAUGCAGCCAUCAAGGUCAAGGCACCCAAGAAGAAGGCUUCUGUUGACUCAAAACUCCCUCCAUUCUUGUCAGAGAAGGUUGCAGAGUCGGACCCUGCUCUCGUCGAGGUCCGCGACCUUCGCAAGUUUGCUCGGCGGCUGCCAGAGUUCCGAGUCCUCCGAUGGAUGGGUCGCCAGGGCAAGGGGGAGUGGCGCUUCAUCGCCAACUCGAAGAAGACGACAUUGUCGCCGGUCGACUUUAUCCACUCUGCCGUUUUAACCAAGGACAUCUGGGCACAGUGCCAGCUCGAACCAGCGUCGUUCCAGUUUGCUGACGACAUCUCCGGCAGUCCACAGCAGCUUCAUAUGCCAGUAUCGCCGGAGCGUCCUCCGUCGUCAGAGUUCCCCGCUCUGUCGCGCUCGACCACCGCUAGUUCGCUCCUGCAAUCACCUACGACGCCUGUCGCGCCUAUCUCGAUACCAGCGAUGCGGCGCUCAUCGAGCUCGACAUCUGCCAACACCAACCCUCUGGGUCUCGAGUGGGAUCCCUUUCCGCCCACCGCCAAGGUGUCGCCGCCAACGAACUCGACGCGCAAGCUGUCAUCGGCAGCCUCGUCGCCCGGACGCGUCGACUCCUCACCGCCGAAGGUGAAUGAGAACCGACACCGUCCCCGGAAUCGGCGCGAGUUGAAGCCGAGCCUCUGCAUUGGGCCGCCGAGUCCCAACAAAGAACCACGCCAUGUCCCCGGUUCGGCCCCAAAGAAGCAGGUCACGCUCUCCAACAGUAACAAGGCGGAGCGUGAUGCCAAGCGGGAUAAGGAGGCCAAGGCACGGCGCGGCGAGAUGGACGAGGGGUGGACGACCGUUGGAAAUGACCGCGGCCGUAAGAAGUAG